GGGACACAGAAGAAUGAAUUGAGAAAAGCUUUCUGGGGAAGUGAAGGGAAACAUUUCAGAGUGAGCAACGGAAAAAGGUUCAUGCCAAGGUUUUAUUAUUCUGCAGGGAAGCAUUUUAUUCAAGUGACUAUUUGUGAAAGACUGAAUGCAGAAAAAAACAAUCAGAAAGUUGCACGGACGUUUUAAAUGUAAGAGGGACCUGCAAUAACUUUCCACUGCGUUUUUCAGACCAACCUUGAUGGUUUCAGGCCUGCCUUUUGCACAAAAAGGAAACAGACAAAGGCAAUCCUCUUAGGAGUAUUUGCAGCAUUGGAUGACUCAUCCUAAAAUCAACAUGGACGGGGUGUGUGAGGCCGUGCCCCUCAGCUCUGGAUGUGCGCUGCCACCAUGGCCAAACACGAGAGCGGCGGUGGCAGCCCGGUGGUGCGUCAGAUAGACAAGCAGUUCCUGGUGUGCAGCAUCUGCCUGGACCGCUACCACAACCCCAAGGUGCUGCCCUGCCUCCACACCUUCUGUGAAAGUUGCCUCCAGAACUACAUCCCCCCCGAGUCCCUGACGCUGUCCUGCCCGGUGUGCCGUCAGACGUCCAUCCUGCCGGAGAAGGGAGUGUCCGCGCUGCAGAACAACUUCUUCAUCACCAACCUCAUGGAGGUCCUGCAGAGAGACCCCGAGUGCUCCCGGGAGGAGGACUGCCCCGCCGCCAGCGGGACGCCCCUGAGCUGUCCCAACCACGAGGGCAAGGUGAUGGAGUUCUACUGCGAGUCAUGCGAGACGGCCAUGUGUCUGGACUGCACGGAGGGGGAGCACCGCGAGCACGUCACCGUCCCCCUACGGGACGUCCUGGAGCAGCACAAGGCGGCGCUGAAGGACCAGCUGGACGCCAUCCGUGGCAGACUCCCCCAACUGACGGCGGCCAUCGAGCUGGUGACGGAGAUCUCCCGGCAGCUCACGGAGGGGAAGAACCAGGCGGUGGCCGGGAUCAGCAGUACCUUCGACGACCUGGAGAGGGCGCUACAGCAGCGCAAGAACACCCUGAUCACUGACCUGGAGAACAUCUGCAGCUCCAAGCAGAAGGUGCUGCAGGCCCAGCUGACCUCCCUCCUGCAGGGGGCAGAGCACAUCCAGAGCAGCUGUGGCUUCACAGAGCAGGCCCUCAGCCACGGGAGCUCCACGGAGGUGCUGCUGGUGCAGAAGCAGAUGAGCGAGCGUGUCACCGCACUGGCGAGACACGACUUCCCAGAGAAACCGCAUCAGAACGCACACCUGGACUGUCAGGUGGAGACGGACGGGCUGCGCCGCUCCAUCCAGAACCUGGGGGUCCUGAUCACCACGGCGGCCGUGGCCCACACCUCGGUGGCCACCGGGGAGGGCCUGCGCCACGCCACCACGGGGGUGCCCCAGAGCGUUACCGUGACGACCAAGGACAAGGACGGGGAGCUGGUGCGGACGGGCAACGCCCUCCUGCGGGCGGAGAUCACCUCGGCGGGCGACGGCGUUGCCGCGGCCGACGCCGAGGUCACGGACAACAAGAACGGCACGUACGAGGUGAGCUACGUCCUGCGUGCCGAGGGCGACUUCCUGUUCGGCCUGGCGCUCUACGGCCAGCCCCUCCGCGGCAGCCCCUUCCGCCUGCGGGCCCUCAAGCCCUCCGACGCGCCGCAGUCCCCCGACGACGUGAAGCGCCGCGUCAAGUCCCCCAGCGGCCCCGGGGGCCACGUGCGGCAGAAGGCGCUGCGCCGGCCCUCCAGCAUGUACAGCACCACCAAGAAGAAGGAGAACCCCAUCGAGGACGAGCUCAUCUACAGAGUAGGUUCAAGAGGCAGAGAGAAGGGCGAGUUCACCAACCUCCAGGGCAUCUCAGCCUCAAGCAACGGCAGGGUGGUGGUGGCAGACAGCAACAACCAGUGCAUACAGGUGUUCUCCAACGACGGGCAGUUCAAGAUGCGGUUUGGGGUGCGGGGGCGUUCCCCGGGGCAGCUCCAGAGGCCUACGGGUGUGAGCGUGGACCUGAACGGGGACAUCGUGGUGGCGGAUUAUGACAACCGCUGGGUCAGCAUCUUCUCAUCGGACGGCAAGUUCAAGAACAAAAUCGGGGCGGGGCGUCUCAUGGGGCCGAAGGGCGUGGCCGUGGACAGGAAUGGACACAUCAUCGCCGUGGACAACAAGGCCUGCUGCGUCUUCAUCUUCCAGUCCAACGGGAAGCUGGUCAACAAGUUCGGAGCGCGGGGGACGUCCGAGAGGCAGUUUGCAGAAAAACUUGGCCCAAUUGUAAAUAAGUCAGUCCCAGUUUUCAGUCCGCACUUUGUGGCUGUGAACAACAAGAACGAAAUCAUCGUGACCGACUUCCACAAUCACUCUGUGAAGGUGUACAACGCGGACGGAGAGUUCCUCUUCCGGUUCGGCUCCCACGGGGAAGGGAACGGCCAGUUCAACGCGCCCACCGGCGUGGCCGUGGACGCCAAUGGAAACAUCAUUGUGGCCGACUGGGGGAACAGCAGAAUACAGGUCUUUGACAGCACAGGUUCUUUCCUGUCCUACAUCAACACGUCUGCGGACCCCCUGUACGGGCCACAGGGCCUGGCGCUCACCUCGGACGGGAACGUGGCCGUGGCCGACUCCGGCAACCACUGCUUCAAGGUCUACCGCUACCUGCAGUGAGGCUGAGCGGAGGACAGUGCACGUCAGCGGAGGACAGUGCACGUGAGCGGACCUUUCUCGUGCACGUGAGUGGAAGUCUCUCGUGCACGUCGGCGGAGGACAGUGCACGUGAGCCAAACUCUCUCGUGCACGUCAACAGAACUCUCUCGUGCACUGGAGCGGAACUUUCUCGUGCACGUGAACAGAACUCUCUCGUUGCACGUGAGCGGAGGACAGUGCACGUGAGCCGAACUCUCUCGUGCACGCGAGCGGAACUCUCUUGUGCACGUGAGUGGAGUACAGUAAACGUGAUGGGAAUUCUCUCGUGCACGUGAACAGAACGCUCUCGUGCACGCGAACAGAACGCUCUCGUGCACGUGAGCGGAACUCUAUCGUGCACGUGACGUUCCAUGGCUAGAUCUCCCAAAUCCCGCCUCUGCACCAAUAUCGCUUAGGAGAACCCCCUAAAAUGUUGCGCUGAGAUUCCUCUUGACUUUUGUUGAACUGCCGUUCUAUUUAGCGUAUUCUAUCUUCAAUCUACAACCAAUUGUUCUGAAGUUGUCAACUUUUAAGUCACACACUAUCGAUAACUUUACAAAGCGGCGGGAAGUUGCGCUUGGAACGCCGUGCUUUUUGGGUAAUGCUUUCGAUAAUCUUAAAGGCUAUUGCUUGGCUGGAGGACAGACAUAGCAGUCUCCUGGUUAUGCGUUGCUGGCGAUAAUAUAUUUUACCACAGCAACCUGCAAUACAGUGUGCUACCUUUACUGGUCAUAACUGGUCAGAACGGCCUGAAGAGAUGAACCCAUACUGGCCAAGGUUUAUAUAUAUCAAGCUAACAUAGCCGUAGCCAUGAAUAUCCCGAGUGUAAAGAACUGACGUAUCAAAUAAGGACAUGAAUCAUAUGCCUUCAUGUGCAUCCUUGGUUACCAAUCAAAUUUGGUGUUUAAAAUGAACUUUUAACGAUCGCCUUUCCUAUAUGGCCCAGAUUCCCGGAGUACACAAAAUCCAGAUUUUCCCUUUUCUACGUUGUUUCUGAAUCCUUUCCAUUCAUUCCAAUGAGACGCAGGCAAAGAUUACAACAAGGAUUCAUCCUCUAUCAGGCUCUUUUAUGACUUUAACCAAAGCCCCACCCCCCCACCCCCAAACC